AACCGGAAAAACAAUAUGCCUGUUGUCUUAGUUUUUUUUUUUUUAACAUUUGGAACAAAUGCAAAUAUUCAUAGCUGACUGAAGAAUGAAAGUUGAUGUGUGCAUUAUUGGUCAACUUCAUUUUUUUGCAUUGUCCCACAGUCAGAAGAAAACGACUGUGCAGAGAAAACGUGUCUUAAACCUGUGAAAAAUAUUUGCAAAACAUGCUGAAGAUUCCUAAGUCCUGGAACUUCUGGAUCUUAAUGGUUAGUUACAUAAUUUUCCUUAUCAUUGGAACUGCCAUAUUCUCAGCCAUUGAACGUCCAUUUGAGGAUGUAUUACGACAGAAGAUGAGGACUUUGAAGGGCCAGUUCCUACAUGACCAUGAUUGUCUAUCUGAUGGCAAACUGGAGGAAUUCUUGGAGAAAAUUCUCAGUGCACAUAACUAUGGGAUUUCUGCUUUGAAAAAUAACUCUGGAGAGGUAAACUGGGAUUUCACUUCUGCACUGUUCUUUACCAGUACAGUUCUAACCACAACAGGUUAUGGACAUACAGUGCCUCUUUCAGAUGCAGGGAAAAUAUUCUGCAUUGUAUAUACUGCAAUAGGCAUACCACUAACACUUCUCAUUUUGGCCACUAUUGUGCAAAAGCUCAUGGACCUCGUGACAGUGCGACCGAUUACUUGCAUUCAGAAUCGCUGGGGUAUGGAAAAGAAGAAUCUUGCCCUGAUUCAUGCUGCUACACUUGGUUUUAUAAUGGUCUGCUUAUUCUUUUUAAUUCCAGCUGCCAUUUUUACUGUUCUAGAAGAGGACUGGAAUUUUCUGGAAUCACUGUACUUUUGUUUCAUCUCUCUCAGUACAAUUGGACUUGGUGACUACGUACCUGGUACUGCUAAAAACAUUUCUCUACAUCGUCUGUAUGAAUUUGGCAUCACCUGUUACCUUUUGGUGGGAUUGAUUGCCAUGUUGCUGGCACUGGAAACCGUCUGUGAACUCCCAGAGCUGAAGGCUUUCAGAAAGCUGUUCUACCACCCAAAGGACAAACAUGAAGAAGAUCAAAUGCCAGUACUUCCAAAUACGAAAACAUUUGCAUCAGAGUUACCUGCUCAUAAGCCUCCCGUUUCUAUCCAUGAGGAUGCAUCUAUGAAUGGUCCAUACAAAACUGGACCUGAAGACCUGCAUAAGCCAGCAGACAAACAAAUGCUAAUUAAAUGAUAGUAAAUCAAAAUUAAAAUUUAGAAGCAUUAUGCUAUAUAUUUGAAUACAUUUAUUUUUUGAUAUCCCCAUCAGUUUGCCUUGCAUUUUCAUUCAGGUUUGGAUAUCGGAUAACUGAUUUUGUACACCUGGGGUAAUGGUCACAGUAAUAAAUAAAAUUAAUAGGUCUGUGAAAACA